UCACGGUUAAAAGCCAGGUGACGUCGCGGGCUAACAUUAGCUGUCAGCCGGGUUCAGUCGGACUCAUUGUGCAGGGAUGGAGGUGACACGCAAGAAUUACAAAGACAGUUUAAAGACGGUCUACAGCGCGAUAGAGGAGGCUGACUUUCUUGCCAUCGAUGGAGAGUUUUCAGGGAUAAGCGACGGUCCUAAUGUCAGUGCACUAACAAACGGACUGGACACACCGGAGGAGAGAUACACGAAGCUUAAAAAGCACUCCAUGGACUUCCUGCUGUUUCAGUUUGGAUUAUGUACAUUCAAGUACGACCAGGCAAAGUCGAAGUAUAUCACAAAGUCUUUUAACUUUUAUGUAUUCCCGAAACCCUUCAACAGGACGUCCCCUGACAUAAAGUUCAUCUGCCAAAGUUCCAGUAUUGACUUUCUGGCCAGUCAGGGGUUUGACUUCAACAAGGUGUUCUGUAAUGGAAUCCCAUACCUUAAUCAAGAAGAGGAAGCCCAGCUGAGGGAGCAGACAGAGGAGAGGAGAAAUCAACAUGCUAAUGGUAUAGGGACGCCAUCCUUCAUCUCUCCAUCCUCCAAAGGUCCUGCACACGUUCCAGAGGAACAUAAAGACUUCAUCAACAAAGUCAUACAGAAGGUGGAGGCCCUCUUCACCAACUCUGAAAAGACUGUGGAUUUGGAACCAUGCACAGGGUUUCAGAGAAAGCUGAUCUACCAGACCCUGAACUGGAAGUUUCCCAAGGGGCUUCAUGUGGAAACAGUGGAGACAGAAAAGAAGGAGCGCAUUAUUCAGGUCAGCAAAGUCAACGACGAGGAGAGGAAGAGGAGGGAGCAGCAGAGACUGGAGAGGGAGCAGGAGGAGCUAAAUGAUGCCGUUGGCUUCUCCAGAGUCAUCCACGCCAUCUCCAAAUCUGGUAAACUUGUGGUUGGCCAUAACAUGCUGUUGGAUGUGAUGCACACCAUCCACCAGUUCUACUGCGCUCUGCCUGAGGAUCUUCAAGACUUUAAAGAGGUCACGAGGUGUGUGUUUCCAAGACUUCUGGACACAAAGUUGAUGGCCUCUACUCAGCCUUUUAAGGAGCUAAUUAACAACACAUCCCUGGCAGAGUUGGAGAAGCAGCUCAAGGAGAGCCCCUUCAAGUCUCCACAUGUUGAAACGGCAGAGGAUUUCAAGAGUUAUGACACAGCCCAGGAACAGCUCCACGAAGCCGGCUACGAUGCCUACAUCACUGGCCUCUGUUUCAUCUCUAUGGCAAACUACCUGGGCUCUUUCUUGACUCCACCAAAAGCUUACAUCUCAGCACGCUCUAAACUAAUUGAGCCUUUCUUUAACAAGCUUUUCCUGAUGAGGAUUAUAGAUAUUCCCUACCUCAACAUCACAGGGCCAGAUUUGCAACCUAAAAGAGACCAUGUCCUUUAUGUCACCUUCCCAAAAGAAUGGAAGACAAGUGACCUCUACCAGCUUUUCAGUGCCUUUGGAAACAUCCAGGUAUCAUGGAUCGAUGACACGUCAGCAUUUGUGUCUCUAAGUCAAACAGACCAGGUACAGAUAGCUAUGAACACCAGCCGCUAUGCAGAGAGUUACAGGAUCCAGACGUAUGCAGAGUACAUCCAGGGCAGACAGCAGAACAAGGAGAAGCUCGAUCAGACACCCAAAACAUGGGGAGAUGACAGCUGGGCCAAAUCUCACUACACCCCAUCCUCUACCUCUGGUUUUGGAUAUACAAGAGGUUUGAGGAAACGCAGCAUCAGUCCUGUUCAGGGAGAGCAGGGGACUGGAGAUGGGCUAAUUACAGACGGCUGGAGUCACUACUCAUACCCGGAUAACACGAGCAGCAAGAAGAUGAAAACUGAUGCCAAAAGCGAACAGGCAAAUGCUGAAGCUGUUGAGAGUAAAACCUCAGAGGGAUGGCUCAAGACGGCAGAUUCAUCACAUCCGGCAGGGUUAAGUCCGGUUCUUGAUGAGGAGGAGGAGGAGGAGGAUCCUGAGAGCACAGGUGAUGCUGAUGGGAUGGUCACCUGGCAACAAACUUCAUUAACUGCCCAAGGGAGGAAAGGUCAAAAGAAUGAGAAAAAGCAGACUGAAGCAGCGGAAUCUACAUCGUCACUAUUUGAAGUCCCAGAAGUCUGGUAGUGAGAGGUGGGGAGGUUGAUGUCCAACAGUGAACGGCUGUCAUGAGUCUCUUCUUAAGCACUUGGUGCGCUCUCCUGUAAAGUUGUACUUCAGAGGGAGUGGUGCGCAUCCUGAAUUAAUUUGUUCACUCAGCAGCUGUGGACACCUCAGCUUCCAGCCCAGCUGUUUGGACUGUUGAGAGAGAACACAAGCCAUAAUGACAGCUGCCAUACUUGCAUUUUGUUACAGAGGAGCAGGAAACUCUUCUGGGUAACACACACACACACACACAC